AUCACCAAGAGGCGGAAAAAUUUUCAUUUUACUAAAACUCUUCUCGAUUUGAGAACAUACUUGGAACAUAUUACCUUGGCUUAUUUUGUUUUCUACGGCAUGAAACGAACAGAAAUACAACGAGAUACUAAAUCAUAACAGACGACUGCCCUGAGAACCUCACUAACCUCAGUUACAUCAUGGCUUUUCUCAGUUUCUUAGUUUUUUUGUCUCAACUAACAUUAAACCCAAACUUUCUCUCCGGCUUUGAACAAGAAAAGUUAAGAACAAUGAAACAAGUUUGACUCUUCCGAAAUUUGAAUGAAAAAACAAAGAGUCUCCUGCUGCCUGAGGGAAGAGCUUUUGCAUUAGUGAGCCGACCCCGAAAUCGAGGACUGUCAUGUUCUCCUUUCAAUCAACUGCCUGUUGACUCGGUGCGUGUAAGAAAUUUUCUCUCUGCGUCCGCUGUGAUUAUAUGUGCUUGAUGAUACAAACAUUAACAAUUUUACGUGUGUCUGAAGUAAUGAACUGUUUUUUUGUUAUUUUCUUUCCUCUCUAAACUUUCGUGCUAAAAAAUGCAUUGCUGUUCAGAGUAGAAAUGAUUUCUUAAGAGUUAGUUCGUACAAAACUAUUGAUUGAGAUUCAUAAGUCAGAUUAAUGGUCUCAUUUUGUUAUAGCGUGAGGUUUGCUGUCACCAUGCCUUUCGGUACGUAAAUUAUUACGUAUGCAUUUAGUUCUCCCAAAGGGAUUAAUAUUCUGACCUUGGCAAUGGGAAAAGUUCGGCUUUUUGUUCAUUGUUUGCUUCUCACACUUGAUUAGCUUCAAGAGCAAUAACAGCACUAAGCGCUGGUCGAACACGCACACGCCUCCACGAGUUGCGGAAACCUAACACGAGCUAUCCCUCUCUUGAAAAGUCUCUGAUGGCUUUGAAUUUCCUGGCUGAGAUCCUGCCUCUGGUUGCCUUGCUUCUUUCAGUUGCUUAUAUCAGCGUCCUUUUCUACCGAUGGACGAAGCUACGAAAUUAUCCUCCAGGACCUUGGGGCCUUCCAAUACUUGGAAAUCUAGCUCAGCUUGGCUCCUCGCCGCAUAUCACAUUGACUGAGCUCAGCAAGGUCUACGGAGAUGUGUUUUCCUUAAAGUUUGGCUCCAGAAAAGCUGUGGUGUUGAACAGCGAGGAGGUGGUCAGAGAAGCACUGUUGAAAAAUUCUCGCCAGUUGUCCAAUCGACCACCGUUGUUCGCCGCUAAGAAUGUCAGAAAAACGAGUAUCUCUUUUGGAGAACAUUGCUCAGCUCAAGUCCUCAGGAAGAGAUGUGCCCUAAGAGCAAUUCACCAAGUUGCAUUCGACAAACAAGAAUAUUUCAAUAAAAUCGUGCAAGAUGCGUUUUUGGAAUUCCAAGAAAGUCUGGCCGAGAAAGAAGUGAAAACAUUCCAGCCUUCUGUUGACCUUAAACAGGUUGUUAUCAAAAUCAUGUUCCACUUUACGUUUGGAGAAGACCCUUGCAAUGUCGACCAGCUCAUAGAAGAAAUGCAAAAGCUUGUUGAAGAAUCCAGCGAGUUUACCGAAAGCAGCGCAGCUUGCGGUCUGGUGGACUUCCUUCCUUGGAUUAAACCAUUUAUUCGCAAACAGGUGGCCAUGGUGGAACGCUCAAUCGAGGGGUUGAUGUCAUUCGUUGAUAAAGUGUACACUAACACUACGUCUAGAGAAAAGGCUACUGAUAAAAAUUGCAUUGCAUUGAGCUUAGCAAAGCUUUGGGAGGAAGCUAAAAGUAAAUAUUACGAAGAGAUAAAGAUGGAUUUAGAUUUGGAAGAGCCGACGGAUCUUCCUAAUUCUUCACCAAAAGAGAACCAACCCAACAACGGGAAGGAAGAAAUUGUCAAAAUGCUAUCAGCCGAUAUUUUUGGUGCAGGGCUGGAGACAGUCUCGAAUUCCUUGUGCUGGGCGAUGGCUUAUAUCGUAAACAACCCUGAGAUACAGCAAAGUCUUCACAGAGAGUUGGAUAACGCUGUUGGGCGGCAUCUCCUUCCCACAAUCCAAGAUAAGCGAAACAUGCCUUUAUUACAAGCAACGGUAUUGGAAGUUCUCCGCAUUGCCUCUGUACUGCCACUUGCUCUGCCUCAUGAGACAGCUGCAAAAACAACACUUAGUGGAUACACGAUACCUAAGGACACGCUCGUUGUCAUUAAUCUGUGGGCAGUGAAUCAUGACCCACGCGUGUUCCAGGAACCUCAUGUAUUCAAUCCUUACCGAUUCCUGAAUGAAAACGGAGAGGUCUGCGAUGUAAAAACCAAGUUUCAGCUACCUUUUUCGAUUGGCAGUCGACGCUGUCUUGGAAGCUCAUUGGCUAAGGCAGAAAUGUUUCUCCUGUUGGCAUGUUUGCUACAGCGUUUCCAGUUUUCACGCGCAACGCCUGACUAUGUAGACUUGGAAAGUCAGUUUGGACUCAGCCUACGUCCAAAAAAUUUCAGUGUUUGUGCCAAUCUUCGGUAAAGAAAAAGAAAACUUUUCUAGA